CGCAACACGAACCAGUCGCGAUGUUGUGACUGAGACCAGAAAACUCUACGUGACGUCCUCGUCGUUGAUCGUUGUUCCUGAUAACUUAUUCCAUCAGUGGAAAAUUGAGAUUCGAAAACAUGUACAAGAGGGCUACUUGAAAAUAUUGGAACUUCAAGGACAGGCUGAACUUCCUCAAAAGGUUGCCGAGAUAAUCAAUAACGACAUUGUUCUCAUAUCUCUUAACUACUUCUCAAGACAGUCUGAAAAACCAGAUUCAAUUUUGAGGUCGAUAUACUGGAAAAGGCUGAUCAUUGACGAAGGACAUUCCAUGAACUCUAGGUCCACGCGGGCCGUGCUGCUUGCCAAGCAGCUGGCUGUCGAGCGCAAGUGGACAAUCACGGGAACGCCUACCCUAGGACUCACCAAUCUACAUGUGGAAGAAACAGAAGAGGACUAUACCAUCAAACGAAAAUUCAAUGCCAGAGAUGAUUUGGUGAAGCUAGGCACUGUCGUUUCCAAUUAUCUAAAAGUUGAGCCUUGGAGUACAAACCCAAAGUUGUGGCUUAAUAAUGUUAUCAAACCGUUCGAAAAUAAUAGUUUGAAUGGAGAUCACCAGCUAAUGCAAAUACUACAAAAUUUGCUUGUGAGGCAUUCUGUCAAAGAUGUGGAGCUUGACAUCAAGCUCCCAAAGCUAACGCACCAGCCAGUGUUUCUCAAGCCCUCGUUUUUCGACAAGUUGUCGAUCAAUCUGUUCAUAGCUGUUCUUGCGACUAACGCAGUCACAUCCGAGAGAACGGACAGAGACUACAUGUUUCAUCCCUCAAAUAAAAGCAUUUUGAGAAGACUAAUCAACAACCUUCAGAAAGCCACUUUCUAUUGGACGGGCUUUUCUAUUCAGGACAUUGAAAACUUGCUUAGUAUCUGCAACUAUGCGCUCAAUACCAUCAAAAAUAGGUACUCCAAAGAUGACAUCAAACUGCUGCAGAGCUCUAUCUAUACCGCCAAGGUUGCCUUGAGUAAUUCUCGAUGGAGAACUAAUUGCAGUGUUCACGAGAUGAGCUAUUUCGUUUCCAAUUUACCGUUAAUGUUCCACAAAACCAUGUCAGUUGCCAACUACGAGUACGAGGUAGAUGACUUCCACAACCCAAUAGGUGUUUACGGAUAUCCGCAACUGCAUGCUGUUCAGAAACUGUUCUUUAAAAAUCGACUGGUGAAAGAGAGUUUCCUGUUUGAGAGAAUACUUGAAGAAAGCUCUAAAGAGUUCUGGAUCAAGUACUGGAAGUCCAACGAGUCCAAGGAAAGUCGCAAACGGGGCUCGUCAAGGGUUUCCAACCAAGACAGUAUUGACUUGGACAGUGUACGUCUAAUCAAUCACGAACCUAAGUGGAAAAACGAGUUUGACCCUGCAAGAGAAGAGCUCGAGAUAACUGCCAGGCCCCAGAAACGAACCACGAGACAACAUUUUGAGUCUUUAAACCAGUCACCACGAAAGAAGAUUAAGUACAUUCCAGAAGGGUCCGAUACCCCUAUAACUCCAGAACCUAUGAUGCCGGAAGGAAACUUUGCGUCGCAUUUGCGCCAUGCUCGAAUUCUGGGUACUGCAUCUGUCAAAUUGUCAUAUUUGACGUCACGACUGUUAGAGAACCAAACAGUUGGAAUCAAGUCUAUCGUGUUUUACGAAUUCGAAAACAGCGCUUAUUACCUCACUGAAUUGCUCGACCUGUUGGGCAUGAAUUACCUGAUGUACUCGACAUACGUUAAGAUAGCGGAGAGAUCCAAUAACCUGACAAAAUUUGAUCUGUGGGACACCUCUGUCAGUGGUGGUAUUGUUCUGGUAAUGGAUGUGAAAUUGGCAUCACAUGGACUGACAAUCAUAUCUGCAACGAAUGUAUUUUUUCUUAAUCCAAUUUGGAAUAAGACAGUGGAAGCACAGGCAAUCAAAAGAUCACACAGAAUCGGACAAACCAAGGAGGUGUACGUUGAAACCCUAAUAUUAGACAAUACAAUCGAGAAGGAAAUGUACUUGAAGAGAAGUCAGACAAAAGUGGACGAAACCAAAGAGUUGAUUGACAAUACGGGAAUGCAGGAAUACAUUAUGCGGUUUGAGUUUCUUAAGCUAUUCGAGAACUUUCAAGAGGAAUACGAGCCCAUCCGCUCUCAAACUCGCUAUAAAAUGGACCUGGGUGCGCCAAAGGAUGAUUAUGACGAUGGCUUGAAGCUAUUCAGCGCUGAAAGCAUUGUCGAAAAUGGGAUAAGGACCUGGAAGCUUCCUCUGUUCACUGAACAAAGUCUGGCACGCACCACAGAAAAUGAAUCCAAGAUCAAAGACGAGCCGAUUGACAUUUUUAAGACGGACUUUGAAAUGCAACAGGAAGGUACUGUUUCUGGUAAGCUUUUGCAAAAGCUUAAAAGUCAACGGAAAACUGUUCGUUUUGGCUGAACCUAAAGAGAGCGUAAGAUGAGCGUUCCAUCGAUGGAGCCACUGAUCAACCUGUCAUUAACCAAAUCCACAUCCAACACCGUCCCCAGGUGUCCGUCGAGCCUACUCUUUAAUCUCCGGCUCGCAAAGUCCCAUACGUAUACAUGAGCAUCAUUGGAUCCACUGAUGAUAUAUUCUUUGCCGUCAGACUUCUUUACUGCUUUCAAACGUGUCAGAAAGUCGUCUGUAGAAGCCUUAGCCCCGUCGAAAACGUACGGCCGCGCCCGAAGUCCCUUUGUAUAUAGCCUUGAGUCGUAAUAUUUGAUUGUGUUGUCGACAGAUUUGGACACAAGGUAGGACUCGUCUGGAGACAACGCUAGCGAGGUCACGUUAUUCGUUUGAUUGCACUCCUCCCAGAGGAGCAUACUCCUUUUGCGCGCAUCGUAGCAGAACACUGUUGGGUCAAUUCCUGCGAAAUAGAACCUCUGGUCUUUGGAAUCUAUUGUUGCUGUAAGAAGAGGAUAUUUGUGUUGGACGGUAUCAAUUUCAAAUCUCGACCGUGAGUCCCACAACUUCACAGAUCCGUCAUCCGAACAUGUCACAAGCAUGUCGUUAUCGGAAUUGGAUAUUUCAUUGAUGCACAUUUUAUGGUAAAACGUCUUAAUUUUCUGAUUUUUGGUGAUAUCAAACACUGUUGCGGUGGAGUCAGCAGAAGCCACAAGUAGAUGGUUUUCGUUGAGGUGAGACCAUCUUAUAGAUGUGAUGGCUGAUUUGGUUAUAUUGGCCACAUUGUAAUCGUAGGGCAGCUCUUCUUUGAUCAGUUCUGGCGAAUCUGGGAUCUUCCAAACGAUCAAAUUUCGAUCAACUCCCCCCGAAGCCACAAGCGUCCCGUCUUCGUUAAAUCUAUUUGCGAGCACAGCUCCUUUGUGACCAUUCAAGCGUAAGGCAUAGGGGACGCUGGUGCCGUUCUGGUGCACUACCAAAGACAUUCGACUAGAAG